AUGUCUUCUGCUCAGGAUCGCGUGCAGCAGUACGUCGGUGUUCUCGAUCGAGAGCUCGCCAAGUACCCUACCAUCGCCAAUCUCGAGAAGACCACCGGUGUUCCCAAGGCGUAUGCUGCCAUCGGCUUCGCUGCGCUCUACCUAUUCCUCAUUAUCUUUAACUUGGGUGGCCAGCUCCUCACCAACAUCGCCGGCUUCGUUAUCCCUGGAUACUACUCUCUGAACGCUCUGUUCACCACGAACACGGCGGAUGAUACUCAGUGGCUCACCUACUGGGUCGUCUUCGCCUUCUUCUCUGUUAUUGAGAGCCUUGUCAGCGUUGUCUACUGGUUCCCCUUCUACUUCACUUUCAAGUUUAUCUUCCUCCUCUGGCUCUCGCUCCCCACUUUCCGUGGUGCCGAGUUCAUUUUCCGAUCUUUCUUGGCCCCCAUGCUUUCCCGAUACUUCCAGUCUCCCUCGACCGCCUCCAACCUUCGUGCUAGAGCUGAGGGUGCUGCUAAGAGCGACUAA